GAUCCAACGUGUUCCACUUUCUUCUCGUCCAGCAUGGCCGCGCUGUACGAGGGAUACACGUUGUGCGGACUUGCCCCAGCUCAAAAUCUAUCAAAUUCAGGCAUUCAGGGGAUCGAAACGGAGAGAGACAGCGACUAUGUGGUCGUCACAGACACAACCAGAUCCGUCACGCUGUACAAGGUUUCAGACCAGAAGCCGUUGAGCAGCUGGACAGUGAAACAAGGACAGACGCUGACAUGUCCUGCAGUCUACAACUCGCAGACCAAGGAAUAUGUGGCAGUCUCGGACAGCAAGGUGAUCAGAAUUUGGAAGGAAGAAGACCUACUCCUAGACAAGGCUUUCAAAGCAACUGUGUCCUCAGAUGUCUGGAGGGUCCACUGUGCAGCUGGAGGGGAGCCUGUGGUCUUGUUCCAGAGAGGAGCUGUGAGGCUUCUGGACUCUCUCCUCUCUGCCCCCCAGCAGCCCAUAGAGGAAGUACUCUCUCCAGAGGAGGCCAUUAGCUGGAGCACCAUCGUGGUGACAGAGACACAACAGUUUAUAAUCUUCACAACUGAACAGAAAGGAGAUACUUUCCUCUACCUGCAGAGACUGAAUCCCAACACCCUACAGAGGUACCGGCUGGAGAGGCAGGAGCCUGGCCUCACCCCGCUCAGCUUCUCUGCCUCCUACAGGGAUAAACACAUCCGCCUGCUUUAUCUCUACUCUAAUGGUAAUGUGUACCAGAGUGUAGUCUCUGUGCGGGGCCUGGUAGCUGACGAGGGGACCCAGGCUCUCCCGCUGCCCCGCAGCCUGCAGCUGGGCCUUCCUGUCGGUGACGGCCAACUGGAGGCUGCGUCGGCUCAGGUCCUGGAUGAAGCUCAUGUGGCUGUCGUGGGGGUCCCACACCCCUCUGCCGGAGCUGGUAAAGACUUCCUUUGCAUCUGGAAUACCAAUUUCCAGACGCUGCAGGCAGGAAAAGAGAUGGCGGGUAAAAUCUACGGACAGCUUUGGAGUUAUUCGAACAAGUUAUUUAUUCCACAUGGGAAAACCCUCUCUGUUAUUCCAUACGAGUGCCCCAAAUCUUCCCUGGCCUCUGCUUUGGGGAAACUACGGCAGGCCAAGAUUGAAGAGUCCAAAGCUCCCACUCUUGUACCAUCUUGGAAUAACAUUCUGCAUGAAGAGAAAGCUCAUCCCUCGAGAACAGCGGAGACCAGGAAGACGAGAACAACUCGUAAGAGCCAAUCAGCAAGUAGUUUAACAAGUGACCAAGUUCUGGAGCUCAUCAAGACAGCACCAAUAGAAGAGGUCCAGAAAGAAGUGGAGGGGCUCCUCUCAAGGAUGGACAUCCAGGACCUGCAGACCUCGGUGGGGCAGCUCGCAUCAACCCUUGUGUCCCGGAGCCUGGACGAUCCAGCGUUCUACACCCCCAGCAGCCUGGCACAGCUAGUGCACACUCGAUGCCUUUGCCACAGUGUGUGUCCUGACCUUGUGCUCCUGGCUCUGGAGAGGAAGGACUACUUUCUGUGUCAGCUCUGCUUGCAGUUCUUCCCUGACAUCCCAGAAGCUGUCACCUGUGCCUGCCUGAAGGCCUUUAUCAGUAUGUCAGAUGCUGAUGCAGGACAAGUGAGCCUGGAGCCUGACAGUGUCUCCUUCAUGGAAAGCCUAAUGGCCAGAGAGCUGGGCCCGGCUGGUUUGCAGAACGGUUUCAGUCCCAACGCCAUGGACGAGGACCACUCAGACGACACUAGAGCAGAAAACAAGGAGAAGACCUCAACCCCACCAGAACAGAUCUGUCCAGUGGGACUAUACAAGGCUGCUCUACUAAAUGAGGUUCUGCAGACAGCGUACAGCGACUCUUUCCUCCUCCCACACCUAAAGGAUCUCUCCUCUCAGCAUGUCGUUCUUUUCCUCCAGUACCUGCAGUUCCUUUACCUGAAGUAUUCCCAGGAGUCUUUCCCACAGAUGCACGGAUUGAGAUCACCAAGUCUGACUCAGAUCAUGGAUUGGGUAUGCUUGCUGUUGGACGCCCAUUUCACAGUGCUAGUGAUGACUCCAGAGGCCAAAGGCUUGCUGAAGAGCCUCCACAGCUUUGUUAAGUCUCAGGUGAGACUGGUUUCUGAGCUUGGAAAGAUCGAGGGCAGUCUCCAAGAGCUCAAUAAGAUGAAGACGAAAAAGGAAGUUGGAAAAUACUCCAUUGAAAUCAUCGAGCUGUUUUAGAAUGUGCAUACUUUUUAAUUAAUCAUUGAGCAUAUUGUCUCCUUCCAACUUUUCACCUGUAGUAGUUUCAAGGUUGUCAACUUGUCCCAAAUGGUAUAAAUAUAAUGUGCUUUUUGGCACAGAUGCAAGCCAUCAGAGCUCAAGAUGCAUGAGUUUGACUGUACAGUAUAUGAAUUAUUUGUGUAGUUAAGGCAUUUAAAAGCUGCAGAUGCCUUUUAAACCAUAUAUACGUGUUCAAGAUGAUGAAAAUUUGACCAUUCUGAUUAGGGUUUGCAUGAUAAAUGUCUUCUUAAGGCAAAACAGGUUCAUAAUGAGUUUGUAUAAUGCAUGCAAAAUGGCAUACAACAAUCAUAGCGGGACUCAACUGUAAGACUGAAUGUUUCUGUCAGCUCAGACUUUGUACUGGAUUUUCCACAGGAAAGGCUUUUAUUUUGGAAAAAUAAAUAACUGAAAGAAA